UUCAAAUUCUCUGAUAAAUGUACAAGUUCCGAUUCCUCGAAGUGUGCGAUACAUCGUACCAGAAAUUUUUCCUGAUAUAAUACGAAUAGUGUAAAUAUUUUUCACGAGGAACUUAUUUACAAAAUGAAUAAGAAAUCAAAUGUGACAAUUGUAUAGCAGAAUCAUUGCACGUGAUAAAAUAUUUAACCUUCUUAGGCAAUACAAAUGUAUAUAUUGCAAUAUAUCUAUUCGUAAGAGCUCACCUUAUUUUCCGCAAAAACGACAAUCAAAAUAUAAAUCGUGCAUGCAAAUUUCAUUCUAACCUGAACAGGUAUAAUAUUAAAUUACAUUUCGCUGGUAAAAAUCAGAAAGUUAUCUGGCAGAUCUGUAACCGACAGUCCUUUGAAUUCUGUCGAUUAUCAGGCGGCCAUGAUACUUAUCUUCAAUUCAGUGUUCAAUGCAUUCCUUUGAAAUAUAAAGUCUUUAGAAAUUGAUGUAUCAUUGAAAAAUGUGUAUAUAUAUUUUUGCAAAGUGCGAGGUUAGAUAUAGUUGUACUUUAAAGAGAUUUUAAAGUGUAAGGCUGUUUUUGCAUUUUAACAAAUCAAAGGAACAGUAACAUUUUUUUGCCAAUUGUGUCGUCGUUUAAGGUAUCAAAUAUACUUUUAUUUUUGAGGUUUGAUCGAUUCCUUUCAGAUAUAUUGGUACACCAUUUUUAUACUUGCAAAGUCUUCAUCGAAAAGAAAUAAAAUAAUGCUGUUUAAUUACAGGAGAUUAUUAAAAAUUAGACGAUGUAAUUAAUUAAUGAAAUCAAAACAACACAUGGCUGUUCCAGUUCGCUGAAACUCUCGAUGAACUUAAGAAUUGUUAUCACAAAUGCAUUGUUUCUCUUUUCGCUGCAUUUGAAUUGUAUUUUCUCUCAAAUUAUCGCUGAAAUAGAUGUACCACAGCUCCAACUGUUAGCGGCUAACUUAAAACCCGAGGAGUGCGUGAGACUGGUAUUCUUAGAUUCCCAUUCACAACUGUCAGAUGUACAAAUACAAAAGUUGACACGAGAACAAAGUUGCUUUCGAAGGCUCGUGAAAUGGAUCUGUCAAUUAAGAACAGUUACAAGGAACACGUAUGCAAUUGUAAACAACUUCCUGGAACGAAUUGGAAGAAGAGAUUUAAUUGCAUGCCUUGCUGAAUUCAACAUGAAAAGUUCAAGAGCGCCGAAAGUGAUUCGCAACGUUGAGCCGACUGACUAUUUUGAAGACUACGAAGGAAUUACAGUGACAACAUCCAAACCGAAAGAUUUACAAGUCACUAAAACGACUAAUCAAUACUCAAAUCAGACGAUUGAGAAGAUCAGUGGACAAACUACGAUCAAGAUGUCGCUAAGAACCGUAGGAAUCAUUCUUGUUACAAUUGUACUUUUAACCUGUUGCUGCACUUUGUUCAUAAGAAACAGACUAGCACAUCUAUGGAAUAAAAUACGAGGGAAAAAGAAGAAAGGAAAAUUGAUACCGAUCGGAACGGAAGAUAUAUCUAGAAGCUAUUUCGUUCGAAAGCCACAUACAAAAAGAAAGAGACCAUCGUACGAACUGGUGCACGCAGCUACGCAAAAUAAUAUAGUCGCUGUGCCGAAAGAGCCGGAAGAACCACCACCGACAGGUUGUUAUAAGUGUUACAAGAAGAAGAGAAAGAAAAGUGCGAAACGACCGCAUAGAUGAACCGU